AUGGCACAGACACAGCAGGAUUUUAACAAUGGGAAGAUGCUGAAGGAUGACAAUGCAUCUUGGCUCUCUAAUUUCUCCUCUGCUGCCUCGUCAUUUGUGAAGGGAGGUGGAAACUGGUCAGGGAUUGGCCUCCAGGAGGUGAUCAUUGGACUGAUACUAACCCUUAUUGACUUGAUCACACUCCUGGGAAACACGGUGGUCUUUAUCUGCCCUGUGGUGGAAAAGAGGCUGCGCACUGUCACCUAUAUGUUUAUCAUGUCCUUAGCCACAGCAGACUUCCUUGUAGCAUGCCUGGUCAUGCCAUUUAGUAUCAUUUAUGAGGUGACAGGGAUGUGGCUCUUUGGGAAGCUCUUCUGCAAGGUGUGGAUCUCUUUCGACGUCAUGUUCUGCACUGCGUCCAUCGUUACUUUGUGCUUUAUUAGCCUGGACAGAUACUGCUCUGUGGUGACCCCUUCCCAUUAUUCAAGAAGGAUGUCCCGUGGCAGAUGCAUUGUAAUGACCUGCAUGGUUUGGGUAUACUCUUCUCUCAUUUCUUUCCUUCCUGUCAUGCAAGGCUGGAAUGAGAUUCCUGGGGUAGAUUUUGAUGCAGGCAGAGAAUGCGUCUUUGUCACCAAUUGGAUUUUUGCCCUUGUAGCUUCUGCCCUUGCGUUUUUUGUCCCUUUCAUGGUCAUGUGCAGCAUGUAUUUCUUUAUCUACCGAGCUUCACGGCUCAAGGCCACGCGGAUCAUGUCUCAGACUCUGGAGAUUCACUACCACCCCAACAGCAAGCGGCAGAACCACCUGCAGCUGGAGAACAAAGCUACGCGGACCAUUAGCAUUAUCAUUUCUGUGUUUGUGCUAUGCUGGCUGCCGUACUUUGUCCUGAAUGUUUGGCUAGCUGCCAAAGGUGCUGAUUCUACCAGCACGGUCUUGAUUGACACCUUCAAGAUAAUCACAUGGUUAGGUUAUUGCAACUCCACUAUAAACCCAAUGCUGUAUGCUUUCCUGAACCGGGACUUCCAGCAGGCUCUAAAGAAGCUGCUCAUUUGCAGGCACAGGUCUCAGGUGGACAUUGGAGAAGACAUGGUUUCAAUAGCCACAUUUUCCAAGACUGCUCCAGACUUGGAAUAUAGCAUGACAGUGUCAGUGCCUAAUAGCACUCUGAAGGGCAAAUCCAAGCAAUAG